CCUCAACCCCGCACAGAUCGUUUUUAUUUGGAAUCAACUUAGACAAAUGCGAUUCAAUAAAUGACGUUAAAACAGCGCUCUAAUACUGAAAAGUCCCUAUACGGAUGUUGAUUUGGUCUUAGGACUAUGUUAGUGAAUGUAUGUCCUAUAUAGUCAUUUAUCCAGUCAUCUAAGGGGUCGUCAUCCUUGACUGAACCAUCGCAAGUCGAGGAUGGUCUUGUCAACAUCUCAACAAGUCGCCCUGGCGUUCACGGCGGUGCUGUUUACGUUUGUCGUCCUCCCGAAGAUGUUCGGCGUUGGCACCGGGGCCAAGCCGAAGGAGUCGAGGCUCGACCCUCGGUAUUCUAGAAAAGGAGUUGGCUCAGGCGCACUUAGAGGUCCGGCGGUGAGCGUGGGCGCCCCGAGCUCACAUCAGUCGGCCGAAAGCAUGCAGCAGAUGAAGAAGCUGAUGGAGCAGGAGAUGAAGGGCGACAAAUUCAAAUCCAACAAUAAUAGCAAGGGUUACGUGUUCACGCUCAUGCCCUUAUAUGCCGUCGGAGUCGGAGUGUUUGCCGCAUACAAGUUUUUGAAGAUCAAGUCUUCCGAUGACGAGGCACAAAAGGACAAAUUUGCCAAAGGGGCCAAAAAAUCUGCUGAGGCAGAGAACCAGUUAAACGAACUGGAACAAAGGCUUGCGCAAACAGAGAGGAUGCUCAAUUCAAUUCUCACGCAAUUAGACCCACUCACAAACUGUGCAAAAUCCGUAGCCCAGGAGCAGAAGAACGAGAUCAUGACUCAACUCCAGACCAUCCGUUAUCUCAUGAAAAAGAGAGGAAUGGACUGCCCGCCUCUCAAUGAAGCUUGCUUCGAGCAGAGUCUGGACCACCUCAUCGAAACACUGGGAGCCAGCGAGACUUCGUCGGCGGACGUGGAUAAAAGCGACGAAACGCCACAAACCGAAACGGAAGGCGAGGAAGUGAAAGAAACACCGCCGGAUAGAUCGGAAGAGGAAACAGUGGAGGAGGAUGGAGACCAAGUGGAGGAAACUGAGGUUGGAAAAGAGGAAGGAUAUGAAGAGUUUGAUUUCAUGCCUUCACUUGAGGACACAAGCAGUGAGGAGAGCGGCAAAGCUCAGCAGUCGUGCGGCCUCAGGCGGCGCAAUGUUCCUGAAUGAACUUACUGUGGAAAAAAACUCAUAGGAUAAGAUUAUUUAUUGUCUGAUUUUACGCCAAAUAUGGAUAUACAGUCCCUGACAAAAGUCUUGUCGCUUAUCCACUUUGUAAAAACAAUUGCUAAUAACCUGACUUUUAAUUAUUCCAUUGGUCUCAUAAAUGGCUCAUAUGAUAGCUAAGACCCUCCCAAAUUAUGUGGAAUGUACAAAAAUAUAUUUGUUUCACUGAAAAAAGAUUUAUCACUUAAUGACGACAUAAAGGUCAAAUUUUGGCAAGACAAAAGUUUUGUCGCCUACAGAAUGUAGUGUGAAAAUUGAACAAAAUUCUACUUCAAACACAAAAAUAUGUUACAUAACAUGCAUUUUCAGCACGCAUUAGCUGGAGCUCUCUGACGAUUUCUUGAUUUCUCCUUUGAUUUUAUUGAUUCUGGCUUUGAAUCAAGUCAGUCAAUGAGACCUCCAAUUUCUGGUCUACGGAUUUCAGAUUCUUUGGAGCCAUACUGGGAGUCGAGCUUCCAAGCUGGCCCUGAGCGCUUAUCAGCUGAGAUAAGUUGCUGGUGGGAGAGAGCUCGGAGGGGUGCGUCUGGACACAGCUUGAGCUGAAUCCAUAUAUCCGCCUUGUGUCUUAUUUUUCCAUUCCAACAAUAAUUUACAGAAAAAUUUGGCAUAUUUUAUAGAUGGUUUGAAUUGCGAUUAAUUACGAUUAAUUAAUUUUUAAGCUGUUAUUAACUCGAUUGAAAAUUCGUUUGACAGCCCUACUUCAAAUACAAAAAUAUGUUACACAACAUAAGCGAAUUAAGUAGUGGUGCUGUGAGAAUUUUGUAUGACUUCUAUGGGCUUGAAGGACUGCGUCCAUGCGGUUCGGCAAGGAUUCAUACAAUUUAUUGAUGAAGUCAUCAGGAACAUCGAAAAAAGCAGUCUUGCAUGCUUCCCAGAGUUCUUGAGUUUCGCCUUCCAUGCUUCCUCUUUCAUCCUACCCCGGACAUGCUCAAUGAUGUUCAUGUCUGGUGACUGGGCUGGCAUGUCUUGGAGGAUCUUGAUUGAAGUGUGCGAUCGAGCACCAUCCUGCUGCAGAAUUUGUCCCUUUUUAUGGUUAGGAAUGUUAAGAGGCAGCUAAGAUUUGUUGAUAUUUCAGACUAUUUAUGUUGCCUUCCACCCUGCAGAUCUCUUGCACACCCCCAUACUGGAUGUAACCCAAGACCAUGGUUUUGCUACCACCAAACUUCACUGUUUUCUGAGUGAAUCUUGGAUCCAUGCGGGCUCCAGUAGGUCUCCUACAAUAUUUGCGGCGACUGUGGUGUAACAUACUUCACAGUGGGUAUGAGGUGCUUUUCAGCAUGCGCUUCUUUCGUGGCACGCCAGACCCACUUAGAGCGUUUGUUGCCAAAAAGCUCAAUCUUGGUCUUAUCUGACCAAAGCACACGGUCCCAGUUGAAGCCCCAAUACCGCUUGGCGAACUCCAGACGUUUGCGUUUAUGAUUGUGAGUGAGGAAAGGUUUUCUCCGUGCAUGCCUCCCAAAGAGCUUGUUGGCGUGUAGACAACACCUCAUACCCACUGUGAAGUCUGGGGGUGAGUCAGUGAUGCUGUGGGGAUGUUUCUCUUCCAAAGGCCUUGGGAACCUUGUUAGGGUGCGUGGCAUUAUGAAAGCUUUGAAAUACCAGGACAUUUUCAAUCAAAAUAUGUUGCGCUCUGCCCGAAAGCUGAAGAUGGGUCGUCACUGGGUCUUUAAUAAUAAAUGCACUUGUAUUCAAGGUUGGAUUUUUCUUUUUUUUGUUUAAACUUUAUUAGAAGCUAAAAAAACACAUCAUAACCAGGGGUGCCAAUAAUCAUGGAGAGGCACUGUAUAAUGCAAAUAAGGUUGCUUAAAAGUUGGUGGGGACAAUAUGAACAUCCUGAAAAGUUGGUAAUGUUAUGUCCCUACCGUCCCUAUGUAAACCUGCACCCUUGAAUCUUAGGCAUCUAGUCCGAGGUUAGGUUGCAGUUAAUGUGGCAGUCUAGUGCACUGGGGUUCUUUUUAUACACACCUGACAGUUAAUUGAUCCAUUAUUGGUAACAGGUGAUGCCCUAAUCUGGGAUUGUGUGCAUCAUUUGACAAGGUGACAAUGAACUCAAUGGGCUUUACCAAGCUGUAAACAUCAGAACACUUUUCAACAGUAUUAUUUGGCACCGAAAUGUUAUUCCGUGUUGGGAUUAAAAUGAUCCAUUUCUUGUAAGAAAAUAUUGAUUACAAAUAUAUAAGAGAGACACUUCAGGUCCAUGUGUAUGCAAGCGACAAGACUUUUGUCAGGUACUGUAUUCAUCAACUUAUCGUCCCCCAAAAAGAUUUCAAACAGGGCUUGGUUAGUUGUUGCAGAUUUCAUAAAAGUGCAGUCCGCUGUUGUUAUAAUAUGUGAUGACAAAUAGCAUAACAUAGAUGUGCCUUUUUAAAGUUGGCAUUGUCAUAUCAAUACGGGCAAUGCGGGCAUUUCAUGACAUAACUUUACAUGUUGAUUUAAGUACCGUAUUGGCCCAAAUAUAAGACUGAAAAAGAGGGGGUCGUCUUAUAUUCACGGUGUAGACAUUAUAUCCAUUCACGACGCUAGAUGGCGCCAGAUAUCAUCGAAGCGAUGUUCUGUCAUCAUAGGCGGAUCUAUUAUUCAGGCGAAGUAGCCGAUCGCCUUAGGCCCCCAACCAGUAGGGGGCACCCAACCAGCUGGGGCUUGGGCCACCGGAGCCAGCAGCACCCCCAACUAUUCGUCAUGUCAUGUCAGCAUACCAAACAGACAAAUAACAAAACAAAAAAGAAAUCCAUUUGAAUGCUGUAUUUAUAUUAUCGCUCCCCCCCACACACACGCACUACAAUGGACUGUUCCACGACGACGGACUGAGUAUCAGUCGCUUAGCGUCAUUUAGCGCCGUUUAGCUUCGCGUAGCUUAAAUUAUACAUCGUUCGAUUCAAACCUUUGUUUUCAAAAACUACUUAAGAAACAUUUGAAAACUUCCACAAUGAAUGCCUGGAUUUUUUUGGUUGUUUACCAAGUUUAAAUGGCAAUAUUUGAACAGAAUUUAAAUUAUAUUAACAUACACAAUAAUCUCUUAACUGUCCAGGAAUGCAAAAAACAAAACAAUUGUCUUAAGACCACUCAACAUUGUCUGUCUAAAUAAAGUAAUUAAAUACAACUGAAAAAACAUCUUAGUGAGGGAAUACCAAAAAUAAUUAAAAAUGGAACCUUGCUUCAGGUAAAACACGACUGCUUUUCUCCACGAACAACCAAACUCAACAAAAAAUGAAAGCUCCUUUGGGCUGCUGUAAGACCACAUGAAUAAAAAAAGAAAAUUGGGGAGAAGGGGUUAAACCUCAGUUCACAACAUUUCACCCAAUUAACGUUAACAGUAGAAAACAUACUGAAGGACACUUCUCUCUAAGCAGCUUCCUACUUGAGUUUUGCAGGUUAGCAUAUUCAUACAGUUUAAUGUUAUGCUAACUCUGAUGCAGGUCAGACUUUCAGUACCAAAAUUACUGGUGUGUUCCCCACCUCCUCAACAUUGUUGUCUUUUUAUAUUACUUACAUGGUUGCUGCUGCUGCUGGCCGAAAUAAAAUUCUAUUUUCCAUCGUCUUCGAAGGGGGCGGAGGAGGUGGCAUGCAUAGGCGAAGCUACUAUUCAGGCGAAGUAGCCGAUCGCCUUAGGCCCCCAACCAGUAGGGGGCCCCCAACCAGCUGCCCUUGCCCCAACGAGCAAGGGCUUGGGCCACCGGAGCCAGCAGCACUCCCAACUAUUCGUCAUGUAUAAUUAUGUCAGCAUACCAAACAAACAAAUAACAAAACAAAAAAGAAAGCCAUUUGAAUGCUGUAUUUAUAUUAUCUCCCCCCCACCCACACACACACGCACUUAAUUUAGCGCCAUUUAGCUCCGUUUAGCAUUGCUUAGCGCCGCUUAGCUGUUCAUUAGCUUCACUUAGUUCUCCCGCGUUUUUCACGCCACUAAGCUCGCUGUUUUUGCAGCAUACUUGCUACUUUGCACGUCGGCUAUCGUUUAUUUGGAACACAUGAGCGAACGUGCUCUCCAUGAGAGCCAAAGUGCAGUGAAGGAGAAGUUGAGAACAGGCCGCUAAUGCCUCUUUUAACUUUCUUCUUCACACCAAACAUAAAAUACACGACAGCACACCCUGUGGCGAAACAAUGCAGUACAGUUCCAAUCGCUCAUGCAAUAAAACUCAACAGCUGGUUAACAGCAUUUGCUAACGAAAAAAAAGAAUUAAAUCUCUUAGUGACACCACAAGCAAUGACGAAGAAUGUUUUCGGUUAGCAGUCAUAUAAAUAACGAUUUUUGGAGUUAAUCCCACAUACCUCAGAAUUAAUAUUAUAAUAUGUAGAGUAAAUACUACAGAAUACAGAUUCUACACUAAGAAUAGCUUUCAAAUGACACUCUUUAUGACAAAUAUGAUUGGCAAUGAAUAAUUAUUAUACUACUAUUAUAUAUAGUAAUAUACUAUAAUAAUAAUGCUAGAAUUUUUUUAAAGAAUUGUUCUGAAUAAUGUUGGAAAGGCAAAGUCAGUGUUCUGAAUCUGUUUUACUUUCCAUUCUUUUGUACUAGCAAAUGCUAUCAGCAUUUAACCUCAUUAUUUAUUUGUGAUUAUUGUUAUUUACAUGAUUAUUUGUACUUUAAUAAAAAAAUUAAGUGUUCCCAAAUUGGUUUUGUGAAUUAAUAAGCCUCAACAAAAAUUUAAUUGCUAAAUUAGUAAAAAUAAAAAAAAGUUAUUAGAUUUGUCGACUAAUCGUAAAACUAGUCGGCUGACUAAUCAGGAGAAAAUUUGUCGUUUAGGACAGCCCUAGUGUACCGGAACAUAUUUCCUCCACACCCUUCUCACCGUUUUAACCCCUGACCCAUGAAGAGGGCUAGGGAUGGGAAUUAAAACGAUUUUCACGAUUCCGAUUCCCUUAUCGAUAUUGCUUAACGAUUCGAUUCUUUAUCGAUUCUAAUUUGGGGAAAAAGAAGAACAAACAUUUUGAUUGGCAUUGAGUUUGUUUCAUCAGAAGUCACAACCUUACAAACUCACAACGAGGUCAAAAGAGGCCCAAGGUCUCAAUGUUAACUGUGGAAAUAAGUGGCAAAUACACAAGAAUGUGUAACAUUUUACUGAAACAUUUUUCUAAUAGAAAUUGGUAUAUACUGGCAUAUAGGUUGUUGUUCUGCCUUUGGCAAUAUGUGUUAAAGUGUAUUAUUUAACAUUUUAUUGAAAUCCAUGCCUUUUAGUUUUUAGUGUGCUUUCACGCUCAAGUGGGGGCGCCCUUGCGCUUCCACACGCGAAGAAGAGUGCGCUUACACGCAAAGACGAAGUGCCGCAUCCAAGCGAGUGAGCGAGUUAGUGAGAGAGGGAAACACUGCUACGAGCCUACGUCCUUUGUUAAUGUUUGUAAAAUAUCUACAGAGGCAAUGCCUGUAUGUAUCAUCUUUUGUGUUGUUCUUUCCACUCGCGAUCGGACACUUAAAUCCAAUUGUGUAGUGGUUUGAACGAUGUGCUAAUGCUAGCAAACGCAUGCUAACCGUUUGUGUUAUUACUGUAUUAGCAGCUAAUCAUCGCUGAUUUACGUUGAUGCGAACCAGUUUGUUAUUGGGGACGACAUUGAUUUGUUUCAUUUCUAUUUUUAGUUUCACUCUUCAAGUGACGGUUGAAUAAAGUCAGCAAAUUAUACCAACGUCUUCUGCAUCGUGAUUUUGGAGUUUAGCUGGCUGUAUAGCCAGGACUGAGUCUUAACGUCUCGGUGAGGACAAUGCAAUCGUAUUCCCUCCCGAUGCAGUUAUCUCCACCUUGCAAUGACUGCAAGUCGCUUUGUUGUAAUUUUUCCUCGUGAAGUAAAGACACACUUUCGAGCGUUUGAACCUACGUGCUGUCAUUGUUAUGUUUACGGCUGCAAUGCUCGUGCUAAACUAUCGUAACCUUCGAUUUUCAACCUCUUUCUUGGGGAAGUGCAGUCAAACUUUGGAGCGAGUGGUUCUUGGCGCCAUGCUAGUUUGAUUCGUCUGGACAGCAAGACACGUCACGUGAUGACGCAAUUCGCGUCUUUAGGAAUCGUUAAAGGGUUCGUUAAGGCUUUUUCAUUGUGAUGUCGAGGCCUCGAUACAGUAGGAACCGGUUCGGAAUUGGAUUUCAAUUCCCAUCCCUAAAAAGGGCCCCUAGAUAUGUUCGCCUUAGGCCCCAAAAUUGCCAAGUCCGCCACUGUCUGUCAUGACAGAUCUCAGCUACUCUCCCCAUUCACGACACUAGAUGGCGCCAGAUAUCAUUGAAGCGAUGUUCUGUCAUGACAGAUCUCUGCUCCUCUCAAGUUGAACCGUUUUGCAUUUUUUUAUUGCAAUGUUUUUCCUUAUUCAGAUUUGUUUCAAGACUACAGUUACAGUUAGACUUCACUUUGAUGGUUAAUGCAGUUAUUGCAAUUUUGUUGUUUUAUCACAAUAGAUUGGUUGAUUUAUAGUUCAAAAUCCAGAAGCCAUUCAUUUACGGAUGUGAUUGCACUUUAGUUUACAUAUUUAAAUGUUCAGAUAUUAAGAUUUGAAUGAGGCAAAAUACCAUGCUUUUUCUCUCAAAUAUAUUGUUAUAAUCAUUUGUUUCGGAUGUACUGUAAUUAUUUUCUGUAUAAAAAAUAAUUUGGUGUUCAAAAAGUCUUUUUUUUCAAACUUGAAAGAAGUCUUGGGGGUCGUCUUAUAAUCAGGGCCGUCUUAUAUCCGGGCCAAUACGGUAUAUCCAUGUUUAAACACCUUUUUUGUUAACCACAGUGUCUUAAAAAGGAAGCUUUUCAACCUACAUGGGGGAAAAAAGGGAAAAUAAAACCUCAAUUAAUUUCUCAUGUUACAUAAUCCUGUUACAUACAGUUUGUAAUGAUGCUCCUUACAUUUCAAAUAAGAGUGUUGUGUGUUUUUGUGAGUUCCUUGCCUGCAAAUUGUGACGUUACUUCCGACUGCUUUAUAAUUGUCGUUCAUUGCUGUUUUCUCUCACCAAAUUUAAAUGUCUUUUCAUUCAAAGAAGAUAGUUGAGAAGUUUUGUUUGUAAUAGCUGUUUAUUACGAGAGCCGAAGGUUAUAAAAAGGUGUCACUGUCACA